GUCGCGCGUCAUCAUGUCGCCGCCAAGCUGCCCACGUGAUGACGCGGAACAGCGCAGCGCGUCUCAUGCGGGGACCUGAGACGCGUUCUCGCUCUCCUCUCAUCCCAUCAUUCCGCCUGCUCAACAUCAACCACAAGACUUGAACAGCCACUUACACCAUGAAGAACGAUCUUCGCCAGACGUUCGGUGAGAUCUUCAACGGCGACCCAUCCGCUUUCUGUAAACAAUUACUAGAGUUCCAACAUCUCAAAACCAAUCGGAGCAAGGCUGAAAAAUGGGUAUCGAAUCUGCGCUUUCUGGAUGUUUCGGGAAUACCGGAUCUACAGGCAGAGAAGCAGAAACAAAAUCGCCGCUAUGCACUAGCAAAGGCUCGCGAUUCUUUCUACAAUCGAGAGAUACCGUUGCGCGAAGUCUCCGUCACGAAGCGUGAAGACGACGACGAAGACGCAUACAUUGCUGUCUCAUGGAGAUGGGCUGUGCUCAAACAUGAGGCUCUCUCCGGUGAGCCUGAACCCCCUGUAUUCGAUUAUCGGAUCAGGAGGCCGCAUGCGAAGCCGCACAAGAGUGACUUUCCGGACCGCUACAUGGAUCGGGUAAUACAAUUCGCACAGAGCGUUAAUGUGUCCAAAGUAUGGAUCGACAAGGAGUGCAUAUACCAGAGACCGGGAGAUGAAAGAAAGUGGCCAAAAGACAAGGAACUGGGAGUUCAGAUCAUGGACGUAGUCUACGGCGACAGCAAAGUCUCGGUUGGUUUACUCACCGUAAAGCUUGAGCAUCAACACGAAGUCGAUCUUCUAUCUGAACUCCUACAGGGCCGCAUUUUCGUCGACCCCAAAGACAGAGAAAAUCCAAAGUUGAGACCCGAAGUCAACGUUCUAGCAGUACAAAAGCUGAUUCGGCGCAUUCUUAGCGACCCUCGCUGGGAUCGUGGCUGGAUCUUCCAAGAAGAUCAUUUGGCUUCGAACAGGAUGACCUUACUCAUACCGUGUUCUGCAAGUAUUCAAAAAUAUCGGGGUUAUGACUUUGGUGAUCUCCUUGGGGACUUGAAGAUCAAACUUAAGGAUCUCCGACAAAAUGCGACCAUGUUUUGCUUGGCUCGCCCCGAGGAACGGCAGCCUAAUACAAACAUACUGAAAAAGCUCAAACAAUACAACAUCUGCAACAAGAGCUACACACCGCUACAGAACGAACAUCUGUUGCCGUACCGAACAACUACGAACUGUGUGCUGGAUGAUCUUUGCAACCGUUCGUUGGAGAACGAGGAGGACAGAAUCGCUAUCCUUGCAAACGCUCUAAGAUUUACUAAGCGCAUAAAUAUCGGGAAAGGAUCUCCCAUACAUGAGCCAGGCAAAUACAGCCUCUCUGUAGCUCUGCUCGCACUCAUACUAAUGAAUGGGGAGAUAUUGAAGAGUACGGCAUGGGAAUCACCUGACCGUGUGCGUCUGCCCUGCGAAAGCAACCUGAUGCAGCACACGUUACAAUCGUAUCUCAUGGCAUGUCAACACGAGUUUAGUGUGCCUAAUCUGAGAUUUCAGCAAACUUUCGUCGACCACUGUCGUCUCAAAUCCCCAACUAUUACGUCUCGUGGUCUUAAGACGAAAGGCUAUCUUUUCGAAUUAUUACCUUGUGAGCGUUCAGGAACGCGAGCAGAUCAGCAUUGCCUCUGUCUCAACGACUCGGACCGAAAAGCUCUAUCCGAUUUGGGCCGAGGUUCAGUGCUUCGGGAUACGAAGCUCGGCAAGGAUGCAGGUAUAGCGUUGAGUUUACUGAUCCAAAAGUUGGAAGCACUAUGGCCAGGUAGCGAGCUCGCCAGCUACAUGCGCGAACACCUGUCUCUUGAUAGGAAUCUGUCGCGAUCAGAUCCACCGCAGUCUGCACUGUACGUACUAGAUAUGAUGUUCGCCCUCUAUCAAGCUCUUCGCGAUGAUCGAGAGCUUCGUCUGGGGCGGCUAGCUUCAGCACCCCUGAAUACAGAGCCAGCUGCCAUCUUCAUCAAGCCGGAACCAGAUGGUUGGAGGACAGAGCAAGUAACCCACUUAAACUCUGACGGAGCACCUUGCCUUACAAAGGUUUUCACGAGCUGGGAUCAAUCACAUAAUUCUGAACGACUGGCAAGCUUGGAAGUCGGCGUAGAGCCCGGUAUGGGGCUCCAAGAGGCUUGUGGCAAGGGGGGUUGUUUGCUGUAUAGCGCUGGAUGGGUGAAUGGAGUUUGGUACGCGGAAGGUCAGUCAAUGGGAACAUAUGUCUUUCCUCUUGCGGGCAUCACCGAAGAACGACAUGGGGUGGAAAAUAUAGCAGGCGAUGGGAGAAGGAAGAGGAAGAGGGGAGAUGACAUCUAG